GUUUCGGAGGGGGAUUAAGGGGAUUACGGUAGGGGAAACAAAAGACGCGUGGUGCCACGGAUGGCUUCGAAGGGGCCUCUUGGACGGGAUCUCCAUUCAUUACAGUUUCCUGGUCUACCUGUCCCGGGAUUCGGAUUGUGGAUAAUAACAUAUUUCUGCACACGGAAUCUGUAUUGUGAUUCAUUUCUGGGGCAAGUAUUUUCCGAGCAAUGCGUGUUUCAACAUAGUGCCAAUACCGGAUUCGCCAUUUUAAUGGACACCAACUCUCCUGUUUCUGAUCGUGCGAAAUAAAAGUAUUUCAACGUCAUUUUGUUUCUUCAUGACACGUGUAAGAACAAACCUUUCAAAUGAGUUGUUACUUGUUACUCUGGCUGGAAUUUAAACAAGAUACAUGGGAUUCCUUGGCAGCUGGGAUGCAUUUAGUUAACACAGUCAACACUGCUGACGAGGAGAAAGACUGAAGGCCUCACGCGUUUCGUCGUUUGUUAAAUGGACUUAGCACAGAAUAAGGACAACGCAUCUGGAUGUCACCAUGCCUGUGUCUCUCGGUGAGUGGCGUGUUAGGAUUGGAACGUUUAUACGUCGGCGGAAGAAAGAAUAUGACUACAACUACUUUUGGAACAAACUUGUCAACUUGAUAAAAAGAGCCAAGAAUGUUCAGUCACCCGAAGAAAACAACUCAGAAUGUAACGCUUCACCUCGCACUUCUCAGACUCCUUCACAAUGUGACGGUCCUGAGUGUGAUGCUGUCAAGGAGAGUGGAUCCUCAUGUGAUGUAAAAGGCCCCGGACCUACCGAGGUCUCUCACUCUGAGUCUUCGUGUGCUGAAAACAGUGGUUCUCCAACGGCAAAUGAGACCAACCCUGUUCGUGAUACUACUGACAUGCAGAACCCAGAUCCCCGGCCAUGUACGGGAGACACAGUGGACAAUAGAGACAUAGCCAUUAAUCUCAUGUCACCUAAAUACCCCCCUGAAUCCACUCAAAUAAGUAACACAGACCAACCUGAAGUUGGCACAGAGUCGUACUCACAUGUACCUGCAGCCGUUCCUGGUGAGCCAGAUUGUAUCAAACUAGACAAGGAGGAGACAUCAAACUCUGUAUCGUCGGGGAAAGAGGACCACUCAUGGGGCUUAUCACCUAAACCCAGGCAAGAUACAACGAGAUACACCGAGCAAACAACACCAUCUAUCAAGGAAGUAACGGAAUAUCAUGGAUCACUGACUUAUUCCGUCCCCGGCGGUGAAGCAGAUGCAGUCAAAGGGAAUGACUGUCCAGACAUGAACAACAUAUUCCUAUUGAGAUCCGGUGAUGUAGAACGAAACCCAGGUCCGAAUGAUAACCCUGGAAGUCUGACCGAGUUUGAGCUCUAUCUCCUUGCCGACGGUAUGGAUCCCUCAGAUUUCAGGAAGGUCGGACUAGCUUUAAGAUUUACUGAGGCUCAACUAAGCCGGUUUGAGAAAGACAUGCUUGGCAAUUCCAUGCAAGCUACCUAUCAGAUGCUUUAUCAAUGGCGGAAGACAGUACGUGAAAGCGAGGCGAGGGAGAUACUAGUCAACAAAUUAGAAAUCAUUAAGCUGGUUCAACUUGCUGAUAGUGUACGGAAAGGUGAUCAAAUACCGUCAAUUACAGAGGAGGAAAUCCAACGGGUUGCUGAAGAGGUCAAACACUAUUUGACAAUUCAUCUAUGUCAGAUUCAAGCCGAUCCACUAAACAGCGAACUUCUUCUUGAAUUUAAACGUAUCUUUACCAAUCUAACAUUGAUGGAAGAAGACAAAGGUACAAAACGCAAGACACCGCUUCUCUACGACAACCUCCUCAAGACCAAAGUCAACGGAAUCUAUCCCAAACGCUUGUUGGUAGAAGGUGAAGGUGGUGUAGGGAAGACCACAUUUUGCGCCAAGAUCGCUUGGGAUUGGAUCCACGGAAAAGGCUACAAAGAUUUCAAACUGGUUCUUGUCAUCCUCCUUCGCAAGGCAGAGGACAAGACUGUUGGAGAGAUAGUGAAGUCGUAUCUUUCUGACAACAAUCCGGUCACAGCCAAGCAGCUAGACAAGUACAUCCUCUCAAAUCCGGAUUACGUCUUUCUUGUUCUAGACGGCCUAGAUGAGUUUGCUGUCGAUAUUAAGAUCAUUCAGCAAAUCACCCUGAUCACUCUUAAUAAGCUAUUCAAGUCAGGGACAGUACUAAUCACAUCACGGCAAUGGAGAUCAGAUGUUAUUAGAAAGGAUACCGAUCUCAGAAAGGUGUAUGCUUUCAUUGCUGUGGAAGGUUUCUCUGCUGAAAACCUCUCUUCUUACAUCACCAAGUUCUUUCAUCCAGACACAGCUUCCUCUGAAGAUCUGAAUCGAUUCAUAUCGAACAACGACGUGAUCGCAGAGAACAUGGCCCCCUACCCCAUAUACACAGCCAUGCUGUGCAUCAUGUGGAAAGACUUUGAUGGGGAGCGCCGAGAGACAAUGUCCAAGCUGCAAACAUUCUCCCAGCUUUUUGAUGAAAUGAUCCACUUUUUAGUUGAUCAUUACCUCUCAAAGCUCGUUGUGUCCUCAGCUGAUGAUGAUGGAGAAUUGGAUAGGAAUCGCUCGAGAAUCUUUCAUCAUGUUAUUCACAUAGGUUGUGCUGCUUUCCGGGGACUUGAGAACAGACAGUUGGUGUUUAGAGAAGAAGAGUUUCAGAGCUCUCCGGGGUCUGUUGAGACAGGUUGUAAAGUUGGGGUACUUACUAAAGAAAAGCAUAUUCCUUCGAGGAGAGAAAGAAGACACCAUUCCCAUUCUGCAGUCUCAUAUGUGCAGUUUCCCCAUAAGCUCUUCCAGGAGUAUCUAUCUGGAAUGUAUCUCACAUCUCUUUACAACUCAGACCGUAAUGAGUAUAACAGGUUGAUAGCGAGUAUCAUAAACAACGCAAGGGAAUACCGGUACCUACUGUACUUCACCUCGGCUCAGAAGAAGGAGGUCGGCUCGGAUAUCGUAUCUCGUCUCAUAGCGUCGAAAAGAGAGGGUGUUGAUGAUAACUUCAUUGUAGAUGUAGCAUACGAGAGCCAAGACCAAGCAGUGGCCAAAGCAGUGGCGGAUCAUCUCUCCUCUGAGUCCAGGAAGACACUGAAGAUCACCAAGGAGAUGCAGGCACACACAGUAUCAGGACACAUUUUCAUCAUGAAUCAUCGUGAAGUGGAUCACCUGAUUAUUGGGAAGUCGUGUGGUCGGACGGCUUCAGAGGACCUGGCUGAAUUAAUUUGCUCAUCACGAUCACUGAGAUCUGUGACGAUCGAUAGGACUAUGCAUGAUGUCUUCUACUCGGUGCUUGCGAAUAAAGCAGUCGAUUCCAAGAUUGAGACUCUUUACAUCCGGUGUGAGGAUCUCAGUAAUCGUCCCUCUGCAUCAUGUGAUAUCGCUCAGUUCAUCUGUAAGACGCCUCAUCUAAAGAAACUGACACUCCGCGGUGGGGGAGACGACUCGCUACAUGAUGACUUCUAUUCAAUAUCUUCGUCGAUGGCAUCGUCUGCAAAGGUAUUGAUCUGA